UGGAUAGAAUUUAGGCUCGAGGCCCAGUCCAUGAUCCUCUAGCGUCAGACGAUCAUGAUAACGGCGGCGGCAGUAGUGAUGGCCAUCCGGCCAUCGAUCUGAUGAAGUAUGCGGCCGUUGACCAUCUGCUACCGGUAUACUCCGUGCCGAUGGGGUUUCUAUUUCUUCGGGAGACGGAUGGGUUUAGGGUCUUCCGUUUAAGGACCUUGAUUGAGGGAGAAGGAAGGGUUGCGACUUGCGAGGCGUGGUGGCGUGGGCAGAAAAGGUUCAGUGCCACCAAGGGCAUCGAUAAGCAUUCGAGGUGGUCCGCACCCAAAGUGGGCUUUUGAUACUCAUUGGCCACCUCUGGACCAACGCCACCCCCAGCUUCUCCUCCUCCGAACCCACCUUCGGCUCCACGGCCAACUCCUCCACCACCACCAAACCCAUUGCCACCACCACCUCUGAACCUGGCCCCCACCUCCCACACCCACUCCAAAGCCAGCUCCGCCUCCGAAACCUCCACCAACCCCACCAGCACCACCUCCACCAACCCCACAGCCAUGAUCUAACCCAACUCCGCUGCCCAAGCCAGCUCCGGCUCCGGCUCCACCACCUAUGCCUCCACCACCAAGUCUACCUCCUCCAAACCCGCCGCCGAGCCCGCCAUGGUGGUGAAACCAAUUUUGCGAGGUUAGAACUGCGAUGUCGACGGUUGGUCCAGUCAAGGAGAAGUCGGAGAGGAGGGCGGAGGGAGGUUGGGGAUGGGAUCGGACCCAGCAGAGGAUGUCGGGGCUGAGGAGGGAGGGCGGUAGCUGAGGCCUGUGGGGGAGAUCGCAUAUGCGCUCGACGCCGGUGGGGAGGGAAGGGUGUGCAAGGAGGGGAAGGCCAAGGGGGCAGGCGGAGGGGGCGGCGGAGAUGAAGGAGUCAAGGAGGGGGAGGUUGGCUGGGGUGACGAGGAUGGUGAGGGAGAAGGCGGCGGCGGCGGCGGCGAAGUGGUUGGAGAGGUGGUGGGCGAGGUUGAGGAGGGGGAUCAGGCGACCCUGAGCUGGAAGAGGGAUGAGGAGGAGAAAUUUGAAGACCUCAGCAACUAUGAAGAUAUGUAUCACAACGAGCACUUCAGCUGGUUUGGAGCAAAUUCUGCCGUGGUUGUAUUAUCACAAAGUUAUUGGAGUUACAACCUUCUUUCUGUUUGUAGAAGGGCAGGCUGCAAAACCUAAUGUUUCAGCAGUCCUUGAAUCUAUUCCUGGGGUCAAAGUCAUCGAUAGAACUAGUGAGUUUGAGUUGAAGCGGGGUAAAAGCCGUUUCCGGAAUGAGACUCGGUUGUCAGACUUCUUUUACAAAUCAUGCAAUUAUGGACUAUUUGUGAAACAAUCAUUGAAUAUGGAGAAGGCUACUGUUUUGGCACAGGAUGCUGGUAUGGACUGGAUCAUCCAUCUUGACACUGAUGAGUUAGUACAUCCAGCUGGUGCCCGAGAGUACUCUUUAAGGCAGUUGCUGUCAGAUGUACCUAGCAAUGUUGAUAUGGUUAUCUUUCCAAAUUAUGAAAGUAGCAUAGAACGAGAUGAUAUUAAAGAUCCAUUUACUGAGGUUUCCAUGUUUAAGAAGAAUUAUGAUCAUCUUCCCAAGGAAACAUAUUUUAGCUUAUACAAGGAAGCAACACGUGGUAAUCCAUACUACUUUCUUACUUACGUAAAUGGGAAAUCUGCUGCACGUAUUCAAGAAUAUCUUCGUCCUAAUGGUGCACAUAGAUGGCACAAUUAUAUGAAGCCCCCCAAUGAGAUCAAAUUGGAAGAGGCUGCCAUUCUGCAUUACACAUAUGCUAAAUUUUCAGACUUGGCAUCAAGGCGUGAUAGGUGUGACUGUAAACCAACAAAGGAUGAUGUCAAGAGAUGCUUUAUGCUGGAAUUUGAUAGAGAGGCUUUCAUUAUUGCAUCAACCGCCACCGAGGAAGAAAUGCUAAGAUGGUUCCGUGAACGCGUGGUAUGGACUGACAAAAAACUCAUUUUGAAACUUCUCAGGAAGGGUAUCUUGACCCGAAUAUAUACACCCAUGGCCAUUAUACAAGGUUUGAAGGAGUCUGGUGUUUUCAGCUCAGCAGUUGUAUCAGCAAAAACACUCACCAAAGAGAAAUUUUUGUCUUCUAUGGAGAGUCUUCAGAACAAAAAUUCUUCAGUGGUUCCUAAUUUGAGGGCCAGUGCAAGCCAAUCGAUUUCUGCCAGUACCUUGAGACGAAGCAGUGAUGGUGAAUCUCAAGCAACUGCAAGGAGGAUAUUGGAGUUGGCUAGCGUCCACAAUAAAACAAUGCGACCAAUGUCUCCCCCUGGCUUGGCCAACCUCCUCUAACCAUUCUUUGAAACCGAGUUACG